CAAUCCCUUCAAAAACUUUGUCAAAUUGAAAAAAAACAAAAAACAAAAAAGAAAUGGGCACUUUCCAUCUCUACUCUCAUCAUCAUCAUCAUCUUCUUCUUCCCACGACUUCUCCUCCAAAUUUUAAAACCCGAAUUUUAUUUAAUGGAAAUCGUAAAUUCCUCUCUUCACCUAAACACUCUUCUCCUUCUCCACUCCUCUGUUUUUCAUCCAAAAGCAACCCUCCCCCUUCUGGUGAUAACCUUCCCAGUAACUUUUGCAUCAUUGAGGGACCGGAGACUGUUCAGGAUUUUGUGAAGAUGCAGCUGCAGGAAAUCGAAGAUAAUAUAAGGAGUAGGCGCAGUAAGAUCUUUCUCCUCAUGGAAGAGGUAAGGAGAUUACGGAUACAACAACGCAUAAAGAAAGUGAAAGUUGUCAAUGAGAACGGUGAUGAAGAUAUAGAUGAGAUGCCUGACAUUCCAUCUUCAAUUCCUUUUUUCUCAUAUGUGCUGACACCAAAGACGAUGAAGCAGCUCUACUUCACAAGCCUGGCAUUUAUAUCUGGAAUAAUUGUAUUUGGAGGUCUUAUUGCACCAACGCUGGAGCUAAAAUUAGGUUUAGGAGGCACCUCAUACGAAGAUUUCAUACGCAACAUGCAUCUGCCAUUGCAGUUGAGUCAGGUUGAUCCCAUCGUCGCAUCCUUUUCAGGGGGGGCAGUAGGUGUCAUUUCAGCCUUGAUGCUAAUUGAAGCCAACAAUGUUGAACAACAAGAGAAGAAGAGGUGCAAAUAUUGCCAUGGAAAUGGAUAUUUGCCCUGUGCAAGAUGUUCUGCUAGCGGUGUAUGCUUGAGCAUUGAUCCCAUCUCGCUAUCUAGUACAUCUGGUCGGACUUUGAAAGUGCCUACUACUGAAAGGUGUCCAAACUGCUCUGGUUCAGGAAAGGUGAUGUGCCCAACUUGUCUGUGCACUGGGAUGUUGAUGGCCAGCGAACAUGACCCGCGAAUUGAUCCAUUUGACUAAAGAAGAUUGAUGAUUCUCUCAAACCCCCCCCCCCCCCCCCCAAAAAAAAAAAAAACCCAUUAUAAGGGAACAAAAGACUAAAAGAUUAGGGAAAUGUGAAGAGGAAUGUUUCGUAGGAUUUGUUUCUGAGUGGAAAUUUCAUAAAGGAGUUCUUGCUUUUUCCUACUA